UUGACCAUUAUAAGUACAAGCUGGUUAGAGAAUGAAGGGCACCAAAUGCAAUAGUUUUGGUAACCUCUCAUAGUUUAAUAAUUGCUUUAGUAUUGAUACCACGUGUCCGGUGUUCGUGUUUGAUUUUGAAAUAAAAAUGGCGAAACUACAUUCAGUUUUAUUUUUGAUUUUUCUAACAAAACUCUCGGACUCGGCGAACAUACUUUACGUGAUGCCAUUCUCUGCGACAUCUCAUUACAUAAUGUUGAAACCGAUCGGAACAGAACUAGCUUGGAGAGGACACAACGUCACUGUUAUUACUUCAAUAAGAGACAACAACCCUCCUCCCAACUAUCAUCAGAUUUUAGUUAAUGAUACAAAAAUGUGGGACCUUCUUGGUGUGGAGAGACCUAACAUUUUUACUAUGGUGGAUUUAAGCCCCGAAGAAUUUCACAGCAAAAUUAUAUGGCCUGGCGGAAUAGCUUAUACAGAAAAUGUUUUUCAGUCACAUGAAUUUAUAAACUUUUUAAAGAAAGAUAAUGUUUUUGAUCUAGUUAUAAGUGAACAGUUCUUUCAAGAAGCACUUUAUGCUCUCGCUUAUAAAUAUAAAGCACCUCUAGUACUAGUCACGACUUUUGGAAAUUGCAUGAGACACAAUUAUAUAACAAGAAAUCCUUUACAAAUGGCUACAGUCACGUCAGAACUACUAGUUGUAGAAGAUCCUACAAGCUUUUGGGGAAGACUGCGUAAUUUGUUAUUCAAUGUUUACGAUUAUACUUUUUGGAGGUAUUGGUAUUUGGAGGAGCAAGAGAAAUUAGUACGAAAGUAUUUACCAGAAUUGACCGGUAAAGUACCUUCAUUGUACGAAAUGCAAAAAGAAACUGCUUUGAUGUUGAUUAAUAGCCACUUUAGCUAUGACACACCUGCAGCAAUUUUACCAAAUAUAGUUGAAAUCGGUGGACUUCAUUUUACAAAAAGUAACUUAAGCCUUCCCGAGGAUCUUCAAAAGCUCUUGGACGAAGCACAGGAAGGUGUUGUUUAUGUUAACUUUGGUUCAAAUGUAAGAAGUAUUGAAUUACCGGUAGAAAAGAAGAAUGCUUUUUUAAAUGUAUUUCGCCAGUUGAAACAAACUGUGUUGUGGAAAUGGGAAGAUGAUGUGUUAGAUGACAAACCGUCCAAUUUAUUUACCCGUAAAUGGUUUCCUCAAAAGGAAAUUCUUCAGCAUCCUAAUAUAAAAAUGUUUGUCUGCCAUGGUGGUUUGAUUGGAAUGCAAGAGGCUAUAAUCAAUGGAGUUCCUGUCGUCGGUGUGCCAAUAUUUGGUGAUCAAUUUAACAAUUUAUUGCUAGCUCAAGAAGCGGGUUUCGGUAAACUCUUAAUGUACCAUGAUAUAAACGAAAAAACAUUGAGUGCAGUUCUCAAUGAAGUGCUCUAUAAUGCUUCCUACAUGGAAACUGCCAAAGAAGUCUCCCGUAGAUUUCUGGACAGACCUUUAUCUCCUAUGGAUACAGCUAUUUAUUGGCUUGAAUAUGUAAUUAGAAAUAAGGGAGCGGAAUAUUUAAAGAAUCCUGCUCGUAACUUGAGUUGGAUUGCUUAUAAUAUGCUUGAUGUAUAUUCAUUUAUAGCUAUAAUUUUAAUAGUAAUAAUGUGUGUCUUUAUAAAAUCGUGGUUUUGUAUAAAGGCGUCAAUAACUUGUAAGCAAAUAUCAAAAUCUAAAAAGCAGUCAUAACAAAGUUUUUAGGUAGUGUUCAUAUAUGUAAAAUUUCAUAAAAUUAUAUAUAAAUUUCACAAAUAAAUUUCAAAACAAAACGAAAAAUUCUUGCUGUGCUUGCAGAUACUAAUGAGAACAGUGAUGCAAAGGUGUAAUGGUAUUUUUUUUUCAAAUAGUCAAUAACGUCUCUUGUAUAGACUUAGAUGUCAACGAGAAACACGCAUAAUAUGAUCCCUGUUCAGAUAUUCAGAAUUAGAUAUAAUUCAAUCGACUCCCGGAAAUUAUAUCAUAUGCUAAUAGCAGUUUCCGUUUAUUCUUAAUAUAAAUUACAGUUAUGCUAAUUGGAGGAAUUUCAAAGCCUCGGUUACAAAGGAACCCAAACAAUUAUUGGUCUGAUGGGCACAAAAGCAGUUCCAUGAAAUAAUUUUCUGUGAACUGUAGACUGUAGUGUUAAUGUUGAAUUUUUCACUAUUUAUUUCAUAACAGUGUUGAUUGACAAAUACUGUACAAAAUUCAAGAUGAUUUCAUUUUUUCUUCAAGGUAAAUGACAUAAAAAUUAUAAAAUACAUUGAAGGAAAUCUUAGUUUGUUAAGCAUUAGUAGACGUGCAGUUGUUAUUAUUAUUACUAAUUGUAUAAAUGAAGAAUUAUACAGAAUUAAGUUAUAGAAAAUUGUAUACCUACUAUUAAAAUAUUGUCCUAGAUGUAAUUCCGAGUUGUGUUAUUUGAGUUUACUUGAUUAUCUUAUAGGUAUUUUAUCUUAUAACACUGUUUUGUUACGUUAUCAGAUCUGUUCAUUUGAAUAACGAAAUUUAGAUCAUCGCUGAAAAUUUUAAUGAUAGUAUUUUUUAAUUAUCAAUUCACACGAUGCUGGUUUGAACUUCGUAUUGUUUGAUGUUUUUAUAAAUUAUUAUUAUGUGUAAGUUGAGAAGAGUUGGUGGAAAUGUGUGUAGUAUCUUUUCAUAUAUUACAAUGUAUAGUUAUAUAGACUAUGUCUUAUUUCACUAAGGAACUAAUAUUUUAUAUGAAAAUAGAUAAAUCGAAACAGGUUUUUUUUUAGUUUGAUUACAAUCCUUUUAUAGAUUAAAACUAUACUUAUAAUUUGGUAUAUUCUAUAUUGCUAUUUAACUUAUAUCGUUUAAUAUAUGAAAUGGUCAUUCAUUAAAUAAUUAAAUA